AUUUUUUUUUUUGACAGAAUUCAGGAAGUGAGAUGUAGUAGAUCGGUUGUUUUUCUUUGUGUCAAAGAAGUAAAUAUGAUUCGACCUCAAAUAUGAACGGAAACCGAGAAUCUCGAAGUUCAAAUUCCUACGACUGGACUCAAGAUAUCCAGUUACAUGGUUUGUUGUAUAAGAAGCCGAUAAAUCACCAGAGUAACAAAUGGACAAAAAGGUAUUUUGUGAUAAAAGAUGGUUUUUUGCUAUACUACCCUGACACAGAGAAGAAGGACCUGGAGAAGAGGAAAUGUCUUAAUGUUCACCCAAAGGGAAUUAUCCCCCUUGGAGAGUGUUCGAUUGAAGCAGUCAGUGAAAAUGGACAGCCUCAUGCCUUUUGUGUAGAGAGUGCUGAAAUAACUGGCAAACUUAUGUUGGCAGCCGAUAGCAGCUUUGAGCGAGACAAAUGGAUUGAUAUGUUAAAGAAAUCCAAACGCAUAAAUUGGAAGAGUUCUAAGCUUGCUGAUGAACUGAUUCACCAGUUAGAAGAACAAGGACUACAAAUGGCUAAACAGAAGCAGGAUUAUUUUGACCAGCUUCAGUCUGAAGUGAUGGCAUUAUCAGACGAGAAAGAGAAGUAUGAGGAACUUGCAAGGGUGAAUCAGGAGCUUGAAAAAGAAAAAGAGAAAAUGGAAAAAUACCAGACAGAAUUAAUGGAAGAAUUUGAGCAAGUAAGAAAGGAACUGGAGGAAACCAACCAAUACAUGCAGGAUGUGGAGAAGGACAGGGAAGAGCUCUCAUCAACAAUAUCUCAGCAACAGGAAAAUUUACAGGUUCUGGCCAAAGAGAAACACAAGAUAUUGAAUAAUUUGGAGGAACAGGAGAACCAGAACCAGACUUUACAGAGCAUGGAGGAGCAACUGAGGAGGAUAGAAAACAAGAUGAGUCUUCUUCAAACCGAGAAAGCCGAGACAGAGAGGAGGUUAAAAGAAAAUGAAGACAAAGCCCUGUUAUUGGAGGAAGAAAAGCAGCAGUUUAAUGAACAAGCCCAAGAACUGAAUGAGACUAUCAAGGACCUAAGAGCUCAGAAGGAAAUGACAGAGGCUGAACUUAAGGAGGAAGUGAUGGCCAGAAUGGAUGCAGAGAGAAAGCUGAAGGAAGCAGAAGAGUCGCUAAGGAAGCUGGGCGUCGCCGUGGAUUCGCAGACGAAAAUAAUCAAGGAAGAUGUUCAUCAGGAGAUGGUCAUUAACGUCAAAAAGUUAAAAGAUUUCUUUGAGGGACUUGCAAUGGAAGCAAAAAUAGAUGAAGAUAAACCAAUGAUUGUUAAAAACUCCAUCCACGCACGAAAAACUUUACAGAGACGAGCCAAAACCAAUAAAGUGAAAAAAGCUCGCUCAAAUAGUUUGCGAGCGAAGUCAUCCAAUUUUGAUGAAGAGAAAGGUGAUGGACUUGCUCCAAUUCGUCGUUGUGUAACAACUGUCAGGAAGAACUUUGCACAGUCUCUUAACUUCCCGAUCGGAGGGGGUGUAAAACUAACAGAGGAGGAGUUUCUAUGAUUGACACGUGUCACACAUGCUCAUUCUAGCAUAAUGUUUCAGGAAUUACUGGUCUUGAAGGGUACAUUCCAGUAUAAUUCAACAUUAAUUCAGAGACACAGUUGUUACAUGUAUUAAUUCAAUCAUUAACAAGAUUUAGAUUUCUUUUCAAUUUCUGUCAUUGCAAACUUGUCCUUUUUGUCUCAGAGAUUGUUUUAGCACUUCUACAACUUCAUGUAGUCUGACAAAAAGGAUAAUUUUCAACAUGAUUUUUUACAAUAGUUUGUGGUGCUUUUUUUCAUACACAAACUACCGGUAUUACAGGUAUGUCACUGGAAGCAAAAAGAAAUUCACUGAUGAUUUGUAAAACAUACAUGUAUAUAUAUUAAUUCCAAUACAGUGUAUUCUUUUUAAGUUAACUUUUUUUUUCAUUUUGAUGCACUAUUUCUAGUUGGAGCAUGCGAUUUCAUGUCAUUUUCUGUGCCAAAGUAAUGUGCUCAUAUAAAGUAAAGGUAAAACAUGGUACAGUAAAAUUUGUUUAGUACGAACACGGAUAUUGCAAAUUCACGGAUAUAGCGAAAAAAUCUUUGAUCCCCAGCUUUAUAAAUUUAACCAAUUUCUUAUACGGAUUUAACGAAUUACGGACAUAAGGAAGUAAUUUCAUAGGUCCCAAUGACUUCGUUAUAACCGAGUUUUACUGUAUCAUUCAGAGAUAAAUCCUACUAUAUUUUACUAUCUGGUAUAUGAGCUGUGACUUUACAUAGAUUCAAUUAUUUGUCUCAUUUGCUUUCACAGGAGAUUUCCUUUCAUAAAUAUGCAUGCUAAUAAAAGAUGUGAUAGAAAAAAGACUGGGAAAUCUUUUCAGAGAACUUGUUUUUGUUAUAAAUCUUUGUACAUAUACAUAUACUCUUGUAUAGUUUUUGUAUGAAUAUUCCUUUUUUUAACAAUUGCAUAUUGUGUCUGCAUAAUUUAUGAGAAGUGCAUAUAUGCUUUCAUGUAUAGUGACUUUAUGCAAAACAUUUGAAUAUGUUAACAGAAGAAACAGUUAUAAUACUUGAUGAAUUGUGAUUGUUGAUCCUUGUCCUCCAUGUUAACUUUGUCUCAUUUUGACAGUGGUGCUACUACACAUAUGGUAUACAUUGUUUACAUUCUCCAACAAGGAAAUUUUAUGUAUAUUUUUUUUUUCUUUUUGAAAAUAGCAAUGUUAAAAAAAAAAUGUAUAAUGCUAUAAAAAAAAAACAAUUGAAACACACACACACAAUAUAAAUAUAUAUAUAUAUUUGAAGGUGUUUUUCCCCCCUUUAAUAAACAUGUGUUUUGUCUAAUUAUGAUAUGAAAUUUUAUAUUUUAAAAAUCAAAACAUUCCAUAAACCACUGAUAUACACCUACUGAGAAGAAAUGUAUAUCCAAAGCAGGUAGGAUAAGUCAGGAAUGCUGUCUUACCAAAGCUGUUAUAUAAUAAUGAAAGUUCAUGACCUCUUCACAUUCUGUAGGAUACUGUAUUAAAUUAUUCCUAUUUUAAGUUUAUAUGUAGAUUUAUUUUUUUGAACACAUGAAAAAUUUCUCUCUCAGGAACUUUAUCUUGCAAGAAUAUACAGAGAUUUUAGUGUAGAUCUAGUGUACUCAAAAGUUCAUCUUAUUUAGUUCUAUACAUUAGAAUACCAAUCACAGACCAAAGAAGAAUGAUACAUUUCUUUUUUACUGUUGCAAUACAAAAGCACCAUGGGUGGGGCGUUUAUGUCCAUGGGACAUACACUGUAUUUCUAGUUUCCAAAAUGCUACUCCUACUCAAUCAUGUAAUAUCAGAACACCCCCCCCCCCAAACACACACACACACACACACACACCCUCCCUCACAAACCCUCACACACACUUUUUUCCAACCCUUUACUGUCCAUUGAAAUAGUUGGAACUACACAAAAUCACAAAAAAAAGGUUUUUUGGAGUUUGACUCUAGAAUUUUUCAGAUUCUUGGAAAGUUAUAAUUUAAAGGCAUUUUUCCUUGCUCCCCUUUUCAAAAAUAUACAACUUGCCUGCCACGGAAUCUUGGUCCAGUUUCAACAAAACAUACUACAUGAGUAAACUAUAAAGGUAUAUUAUAAUUCUGUUUGAGUUUUAAAGUGUUAAAAGAGCAUUAGGACAGAUAAUUAUGUCAAAAAAUAUGUUUAGGUGCUAUUUGCAAAAACCAAUAGAGUUACAGUCCAGUCAGACUUCUGACCUAUAUAAACCACACUCUAUUUGAUAACCAGUAAGAUUCAUUCAUAUUUGUGUGAAUAAUCUCACUUUUAUGGGGUUUUUUUUUGUCUGGGGCAAACAAUAGCAAAAAAUUUUAAAGAUGACAUUGAUAAACAUCAGUUUAAAUGAAAGUGCAAGGGUUGUAAUGUUGAUAUUUGUUACAGGACCAUACAUGUAUAUCCUGAGUACCCUAAAAGUAUAAUCUUGAUUUUUCCACUUUUAUGUCAAUCUCCUGUCAAUAGCCCAAACUAUACAGUUCUACAUUGUUUUGCAUUUAUAUUAUUGUGAUAGUUGUUAUUCUCAGUAAAUUAUAUUUUGUUAAUAUAUAUCUUCUUCAAAAUUUUAAAUUAAUUAAUGGAUUACAUUGCUUGGGACAAUUAUUUUGUGAGAAUAAAAUACUAUGUGAUUAGAAUG